AUGAUAAGGAUUAAACUUGCACUCGUAAGAUUAAAAUACAUUAUUUUUAAAUAUUAUUUUAUUUAUUAAGCUUGUAAUACUGAUCUAAAUAAACCUUAUUGUCUUUUAUGUGAAAUGGAUACUACUUAUACUCCUAUUUGUAAAAGUUGCAUUGUUGGUUACUACUUAGAUUCAAAUCAAAUUUGCUAAUAGUGUAAUACUUAGUGCAAAGAUUGCAAUUAAUAACCUAAUAGAUGCAUUUCUUGUUAUUUCCCUUUUUUUUUGAAUGUAAAAACAUCUACUUGUGAUCUAUAAUGUUAAGUAGGAAGUUAUUUAGAUUUAAACAGAAUAUGUUAAGGUUAUUUUUUUAUAUUUUAAAUUAAAAAUAAUUUUAAAAAAGAAUGUAAUUCAAACUGUGUAACAUGUAGCAUUACGUCUACAAACUGUAUUAGUUGUAAAAUAAAUGAAGUAUUAGAAGUUAGUAGUAGUCCUUAUUAUAAAUGUUAAAGUACGUGUAAUGAUACAAUACGCUCUUUUAUAGAUGAUAACUUUUAUUGCAGAUAAUGUAGUGAUAAUUGUUAUAAAUGCGAAAAAUUUAAUGACAAUUGUACUGCUUGUUGGAAUGAUUAUUUCAUUAUUUAAAAUGGGGAAAAGGCUUCUUGUGUGAAAUAAUGUGGAUUUGGAUUUUAUAAUGAUCCUACAGGAAAAUGCUUAAAAUGUAAUGCGAGUUGUUAAACUUGUGAAUUUUGUUCAAGUUCUACAGCCUGUUUAAGAAAUUAGAAAUGCUUUGUAUGCUCUGACGGUUACUUUUUCGUUUAAGCAAAUAACUCUUGCUAACCUUGUACUUUUCCGUGUAAGAAUUGUAUAUCUUAAAGUACUUAAUGUAAAGACUGUUAUGAAAAAAUGUUUUUUAAUUAAGAAAAAAAUAUUUGUUAGUUUGAAUGUGAUACGAAUAAUGGUUAUUAUAUAUAAGAUUUAGGAAAUAAAUCUAUAUCAUGUUAAAGUAAAUAUGAUAAAAAAAAUAAAAAUAUAAUAAAAAAAAAUAGAAUGUCAUUAAAACUGCAAUACAUGUUCUUAAGGUCCAACUACUAAAAAUAAUAUUGA